GGUUCAAUCAAAAUGUUAGUAUGACUCUGUCCAUAGUCGAUUUUUUAAAAUCUCGUUUUAAAAAAGCAUCAGAUAAAAGAACAGGUUUCAAGAAAUCGGAAAAAAUGAGACCUGAAGCAGACGACCGUAGAGAUAGAAGAGACUGUCCAAGAGCACAUGCUAAUUUUUUGUCUGCAUUUACAUUUUUUUACAGUAUUAGAACCUUCAGGGACGGUGUAAGACGCGAAUUAACUGAAGAUGAUUUAACAAAGCCUUUGGACGAACACAAAUCAAAGAUACUAGGCGACAAAAUUUCUCAAAUUUGGACUAAAGAAUAUGACAGAGCUAUGGAAAAUAAAAGAAGGCCAAGUAUGUGUAGAGUCAUUUUCAAAACAUUCUAUAAAGAGUUUUUGGUCUAUGGAUUGAUUAUGUUUGUCCUAGAAGUUGGAAUUAGGCUUUUCCAACCAAUUUUCGUGGGAUGUUUUAUCAAGUAUUUUAACGACAUCAAUAAAAAUAAUACAAGUCCGCCAAGACCACCGCAAUAUUUCGAAAGGGUAAUAAAUUUUUGGCAGCCUAACCAGGGUGUAAUUACUCAAUCAGAAGCAUAUUUUUUUGCCGGAGGUAUAGCUCUCUGUAACUACAUAGUUGUUAUGGUAACGCAUCCUUAUAUGCUUGCUGUUUUGCACGUUGGAAUGAAAGUUCGAGUAGCUUGUUGUUCCUUAAUUUAUAGAAAGGCGUUGAGACUAAAGUUUACAUCUUUAGGAGGCCAGACUGUUGGAAACGUGGUAAAUUUGAUGUCAAACGAUGUAACAAGAUUUGAUUUGGCUCCGAUUUUUGUCCAUUAUUUGUGGAUUUCUCCAAUACAACUUACUUUUAUUCUGUAUUUUAUGUAUAAGGAAGUUCAAGAAGCUGCUCUCGUUGGAAUAACGGCAGUUUUUGGUGUAAUACCUAUACAAAUGUUGUUUGGCGUUAGAAGCGCAACAUUAAGAAGAAGAGCUGGUGCGCGGACCGAUGAAAGAGUAAGACAAAUGAACGAAAUUAUACAAUCCAUACAAGUGAUUAAAAUGUACGCAUGGGAAAAAGCUUUUGCAGCAUUAAUAAAAGAGUUAAGAAGGAAAGAAUUGAAAGUUUUAAGACAGACAUCGUAUAUCAGAGGUAUGAUCAUGUCGUUUAUAAUGUUUACAAGUAGAUCUGCGAUAUUUUUGACAGUGAUAUCGUACAUGUUGCUUGGUAAUCACAUAAGUGCUGAGAAGGUGUUCCUGAUAAUUUCAUAUUAUCAAAUUUUGAGGCAAACUAUGACGGUUUAUUUUCCACAAGGUGUUGCCAUGGUUGCCGAGGGCACGGUUUCUGUGCAUCGCAUUGAAGAGUUCAUGUGCAGCGAAGAAACGAACAUUGGUGACCCUACACCUAUAGACAAAUUAUGGCGCAAUAAACCGAGAAAAUACCCAAAACGACCUGCCGAUGCAGCUUUUAGAGGCGAUGCUUACCUUCAAAUAACUCACGGAAUAUCCAAAUAUGGAGAUGUUCUGUGUCUAGAAGACAUAAAUUUGGAAUUUCAACCCGGACAACUCAUUGCAGUUGUCGGUCCAGUAGGAGCUGGAAAAAGUUGUUUAUUGCAUUUGAUAAUGGGAGAAUUACCGCUGUUCAGUGGGAGAUUAAACGUUCGUGGUGUAGUGUCCUAUGCAUCACAAGAAGCUUGGCUCUUUGUCGGUUCCGUUAGACAAAAUAUCCUUUUCGGCCGACAUUUCGAAUAUCAUCGCUACAGAGAAAUUAUCAAGGUUUGCGCAUUAACUAGAGACUUUUCGAUACUUCCUUUUGGCGACAGAACAAUAGUAGGAGAAAGAGGGGUAUCGCUGAGCGGCGGCCAAAGAGCUAGAGUUAAUUUGGCUCGAUGUGUUUACAAAGAAGCGGAUAUUUAUUUAUUGGAUGAUCCCUUGUCUGCUGUCGAUAUACAAGUUGGACAGCAACUAUUUGAGGCGUGUAUAAAAAGAUAUCUGAAAGAUAAAAUAGUGAUUUUGAUCACGCAUCAGUUGCAAUAUUUGAAAAGGGCCGAUUACAUUGUUAUUAUGAACGAAGGGAUUAUACAGUGUCAAGGGCCGUAUCAAGGUCUUAUGGAGCAACCCGACCUCUCGCACUUUGCUACUAUUUUAAAAGAAGCGUCGACAGCAUCACCUAUUGAAGAAAAAGAGGUUGAAAAGUUGUUGAGGGGUAUUUCGGUGACGAGUGCUGUCUUCAAUAGCAUGAUUGAUAUCGAAGGAAAAAAGCGAAGACCUUUGAUUAUUCCCGAAAUGAGGACUACGGGUUCAGUGGAUUUUGCAAAUUAUAAAUCAUAUUUUCGAGCUGGAGCCAAUACUUGUGGCAUCAUUUGCAUGAUAAUUCUAUUCCUUUCAGCACAAAUAAUUGGCAGUGGGGGUGAUUACUUCUUAGCUCAAUGGGUAAAUGUAGAAGAACUCCGUUUUCAUAAAGGUUCCGCUGAAUCUAUGGGAAUUUACAAUGAGUUAAAUCGGGACCAAUGUAUUAUUAUUUAUAAUAUAUUUAUGAUUUUUACAAUCCUUGUAGCCAUCAUAAGAUCGUUAAUAUAUUAUACUAUCUGUAUGAGAUCCUCACAAAGAUUGCAUAAUAGAAUGUUUGAAAGCAUAAUACAUGCCUGUCUUAUGUUUUUCAAUUCUAAUAGUUCCGGUAGAAUUUUGAACAGAUUUUCCAAGGAUCUUGGUGCUGUAGAUGAGCUUUUACCUAAUGCAUUUUGUGACACAACACAGUUGUUACUCAACCUAAUAGGUGCUAUAAUAGUGGUUAGUAUGGUCGAACCUAUGCUGCUGGUUCCAACGUUCCUAAUGUUGAUAUCCUUUUACUUUUUACGAAGAGUGUACUUGGCUACCAGUAGAAAUGUAAAGCGACUGGAAGGAAUAACAAGAAGUCCAGUCUUUGCACAUCUGAAUGCUAGUUUACAAGGGUUAACCACAAUUAGAUCUAAUGGGGCUGAACAAAUUCUGGUAGAUGAGUUCGACGCGUUACAAGAUAUUCACAGUAGCGCUUGGUAUAUGUUCCUUUAUACUUCCCGAGCUUUUGGAUUAUGGUUGGACUUAAUUUGUACCACAUACAUCGGUUUUGUUUCAAUCAGCUUUAUUGUGCUAGCAGAAGAUUAUUAUGGUAGUGCCGUAGGUUUGGCAAUUACUCAAUGCAUAGGCCUUAGUGGCCUCGUUCAGUGGGGAAUGCGACAAUCAGCUGAGCUUGAAAAUCAAAUGACAUCGGUCGAAAGAGUUUUAGAGUUUACCAAAAUAGAGCAUGAACCAGAUUUAGAAUCGACACCUGAUAAGAAACCUCCAUCAAGUUGGCCGAAAUAUGGCAAAAUUGAAUUUAACGAUUGCAGUAUGAGAUACAGCUACUUUGAACCACCUGUACUAAAGCAUUUAAGUUUUGUUGUAAAACCAAAGGAAAAGAUAGGCAUUGUUGGUAGAACAGGUGCUGGAAAAUCGUCAAUGAUUGGUACAAUAUUUAGAUUAGGACAUUACGAUGGAUUAAUUCUAAUAGAUAAUUUGGAUAUUAGCGUAUUGGGUCUGCAUGACUUGAGAAGAAAACUUUCAAUUAUACCCCAGGAACCGGUCCUAUUUUCUGGAACGUUAAGAUAUAAUUUGGACCCGUUCAAUGAGUAUACGGACGAACAAAUUUUUUCAGCAUUAAUGGAUGUAGAGAUUGCCAAUGCCGUGAAGAAGGGUAUAAAUUGUCUUGAUGACAUUAUGCGUGAAGGAGGUACCAAUAUAAGUGUGGGAUCUAGACAAAUGGUGUGUUUGGCCAGGGCAAUUUUAAGAAACAACAUAAUCUUAGUUAUGGACGAAGCUACUGCUAAUGUAGAUGCCCAAACUGACAGAUUUAUCCAAACGACCAUAAGGACGAAAUUUGCGCAUUGUACUGUACUGACAAUUGCACAUAGACUGAAUACUGUUAUGGAUUAUGACAAGAUAUUGGUAUUGGAUGCUGGUCAGUUGAUAGAAUUUGACCAUCCUCAUAUUUUACUUCAAAACAAAGAUGGCGUCUUAUCAGACAUGGUACGUAAAACUGGACCAGGUGUGUCCGACAGGCUAAGAGAUAUUGCGAAGGAUAAUUACAACAGAAAAAUGUUUAGUGAAAAAGCAGUAAUAGUAAAUCAAAUAAUACAACAAGUUUUGGAUCUUGUAGAACUAACAGAAGUCAAACGUGGUUUACAGCCCGAUAUCGGGAUUUUAAAGUAGACUUGGCAACAAAAUACUUUCCUACGAAUUGGAAAUUGAGAAUUGAAAUGACAUAUUUUGUAUUAUCACCCAGAGUUUGUAGUUUUUAUUUUUAGUUAUUUGUAAUACAUAAAUCACUAUACA